AUGAUGAAGUGGGCUUUUGUUCUGUGUGCCCUGGUGGCUUUCUCUGAAUGUUUUCGGGUGCCCCUGAUCAAGGGUAAGACAGCCCGACAGACACUGCAGGAGAAAGGUCUUUGGGAGGAGUACAGGAAAAGGUAUCCUUACCAGCCCUGGAACAAGUUCCAGACACAGAAUGGAGCUGAGAGCAUGACCAAUGAUGCUGAUCUGUCUUACUACGGUGUCAUCUCCCUGGGAACUCCCCCCCAGUCCUUCGGAGUUAUCUUUGACACUGGCUCCUCCAACCUGUGGGUGCCCUCUGUGUACUGCACCAGUAGCUCUGCUUGCAAUAACCAUCGGAAGUUCAACCCUCAGAGUUCCAGCACCUACCAAUCCACUCAACAGACUGUUCAGAUCGCUUACGGGACUGGCAGCAUGACUGGACUUCUGGGUUACGAUACCCUGGAGGUGGGUGGAAUUACUGUGAGCAACCAGAUCUUCGGUCUGAGUGAAACCGAGGCACCUUUCUUGGCGAACAUGCAGUGGGAUGGUAUCCUGGGUCUUGCCUUCCCCUCCCUCUCUGCCUCUGGAGCCACCCCCGUCUUUGACAACAUGAUGAGUCAGGGUCUCGUCUCCCAGGACCUCUUCUCUGUCUAUCUGAGUGGGAACAGCGAGACAGGCAGCGUGGUCCUGUUUGGUGAGAUUGACUCUCAGUACUACACCGGCAGCUUGAAGUGGGUUCCUCUGACCUCCGAGACCUACUGGCAGAUCAAGAUGGACAGUGUCACCAUCAAUGGAAAUGUUGUCGCUUGUGCUGGUGGAUGUCAGGCCAUUGUCGACACCGGAACCUCUCUCAUUGUUGGACCUUCCAAUGACAUCAGCAACAUGAAUGCCUGGGUUGGUGCCUCCACUGAUCAAUAUGGUGAUGCCACUGUCACCUGUGGAAACACCCAGAACAUGCCUGAGGUCACCUUCACUCUCAACGGUUAUGCUUUCACUCUCCCAGCAUCAGCCUAUGUGUCUCAGGGAUACGGAAGCUGUUCCACUGGCUUUGGUAAUGGAGGUAGUGACCAGCUCUGGAUCCUGGGUGACGUUUUCAUCAGACAGUUUUACACUGUCUUUGAUAGGCAGUACAAUAUGGUGGCUUUUGCUCCAAUUGCAUAA